GUCGAAGCGGCCGAAGUCGGGGCCGAGGUAAUCCGUCAGGCGCAUCGGGAGCGGCCGGAGCGCGGUUUUGAGGUGAACCUCAAGGGGCCGAUCGACCUCGUCACUGCCGUCGACCAAGCGGCGGAAACCGCGAUUGUCGAAUGCCUGCAGCGCCUUCACCCGUCGGUGCCGAUCCUGGCCGAGGAGAGCGGCGCGAUCGGGGGGACCAAGACCGGUUGUCGUUUCAUCGUGGAUCCGCUCGACGGAACGACCAACUUCGCCCACGGAUUUCCGGUCUUCGCCGUUUCCAUCGCCUACGAGGAAGGAACCGAAGUCGUCGCCGGCGCGGUUCUCGACCCGGUCCGGGAAGAACUGUUCACCGCGGAGGCGAAAGCGGGGGCGUACCUGAACGGCGACCCCAUUCGGGUCUCCGUGACGAGCGACAUGCAAAGCGCGCUGCUCGCGACCGGCUUCCCGUAUUCCCGGGAGGCAAUGGAUCGGGCGCUGGAGCUGUUUGUCCGGAUCAUGCGGCGCGCUCGCGCGGUACGCCGAGCCGGCUCGGCCGCGCUGGACCUUUGUUCGGUCGCCGCGGGGCGGCUUGAUGCGUUCUGGGAGGAGACGCUCCGGGCGUGGGACACUGCCGCCGGUGAAGUCAUUGUCCGGGAAGCGGGCGGUCAGGUCACGGACUUUGACGGUAACCCCUUCAGAAACGGCGGCCCGCAUCUCGCCGUUUCGAAUGGUCGGCUGCACCCGGCCCUGCUUGAGAUCCUGCGCGAGGCGCGGGAAGAUCGAGCGGUCCGGGAGGGGGGGCACAUCGUUGGAUAG